AGUUUCAGCCCUUUUCUAUGGUGAUGGAAUAUUCUCUAUAAUAAAUAUGUGGAGAAAAUGGAUAAGCGAGGAAUCACAGAAGUCGUCGGAAAGGGAGUUUCAGAGGACAUUCCAGUGAGAUUUCGAUUGAUUGAGUGUUUUAUAGGUCGCCUGUAAGGAGUAUAUACGCAAAAAAUAUAUAUACCAGGUCGAGAAAUAGCCUACUGCUCAGGAUUGCACACUCAAGGAAUAUGCUGAAACACCUCACAGCUGAUUCAAGUUAAAAUAUUUCUUAUUAAUAUCGAGUGGAUUAUUAUCUCUGGCGAUGGAUACAGUGAAGGAGCGAGUUUUGGCACCCGGCAAGGAGAAAAUGAAGAAUCUGGCCGGGAAAACCCUCGGACACAUGCACAGGGUGAUGGAGAGGAAGCAGAAGACGGGCGAGGUGAUCGAGCUGACGGAGGACGGGCGGCCCAUGCACAUGCCGGAGAAGAAAGCGCCUCUGGUGGACUGCACGUGCUUCGGGCUCCCGCGCCGCUACAUCAUCGCCAUCAUGAGCGGCCUCGGAUUCUGCAUAUCGUUCGGGAUCCGCUGCAACCUCGGAGUCGCGAUCGUCGACAUGGUCAAUAACAGCACCAUCCACAAGGGUGGCAAGAUCAUCAUCAAAGAGAAAGCGAAGUUUAACUGGGAUCCGGAGACGGUGGGGAUGAUCCACGGCUCGUUUUUUUGGGGCUACAUAGUAACACAAAUCCCAGGAGGAUAUAUUUCGUCACGACUGGCUGCCAACAGGGUGUUUGGUGCUGCGAUCCUGCUCACAUCAACCCUCAACAUGUUCAUCCCCUCUGCUGCGCGUGUGCACUACGGCUGUGUGAUGUUCGUGAGGAUCCUGCAGGGCCUCGUCGAAGGUGUGACAUACCCAGCAUGCCAUGGGAUUUGGAGCAAGUGGGCUCCACCACUUGAGAGAAGUCGUUUAGCAACCACCUCUUUUUGUGGCUCAUACGCUGGCGCUGUGGUGGCGAUGCCGCUGGCUGGAAUAUUAGUGCAGUACUCAGGCUGGUCUUCCGUCUUCUACAUUUAUGGGAGUUUUGGGAUCGUCUGGUACAUGUUUUGGAUUCUGGUUUCAUACGAGAGCCCGGCGGAUCAUCCCACCAUAACAGAUGAAGAGAGGACUUACAUCGAGGAGAGUAUUGGAGAAAGUGCCAAACUUCUGGGGGCCAUGGAGAAAUACAAGACACCCUGGAGGAAGUUCUUCACCUCUAUGCCGGUCUAUGCAAUCAUCGUGGCCAAUUUCUGCAGGAGCUGGACCUUCUACCUGCUUCUCAUCAGUCAGCCGGCGUACUUCGAGGAAGUGUUUGGCUUCGAGAUCAGUAAGGUCGGUAUGGUCUCUGCUCUCCCUCACCUGGUCAUGACCAUCAUUGUGCCAAUCGGUGGACAACUGGCCGACUAUCUGCGCAGCAAAAACAUCUUAACCACCACCACCGUCAGGAAAAUCAUGAACUGUGGAGGGUUUGGCAUGGAGGCCACUCUGCUGUUAGUGGUGGGCUUCUCUCACAGUAAAGGUGUCGCCAUCUCUUUUCUGGUGCUCGCUGUUGGCUUUAGCGGCUUCGCUAUAUCAGGGUUUAAUGUCAACCACUUGGACAUUGCGCCACGGUAUGCCAGCAUACUGAUGGGUAUUUCUAAUGGGGUCGGCACACUUUCUGGUAUGGUCUGCCCUCUGAUUGUAGGUGCUAUGACCAAAAAUAAGACUCGUGAAGAGUGGCAGAACGUGUUCUUAAUCGCGUCGCUGGUUCACUACGGCGGUGUGAUUUUCUACGGGAUCUUUGCAUCAGGCGAGAAGCAGCCAUGGGCUGAUCCGGAGGAGACCAGCGACGAGAAGUGCGGCUUCAUCGAUGAAGACGAGUUAGCAGAGGAGACGGGCGACAUCACGCUGAGCCACGCUCCUUUCGGGGCCCAAGGCGCUCUUGGGGCCCCGGCCAAAACAUACGGGGCCACAACGCAGCUGAACGGAGGCUGGGCGAAAGGCUGGGAGAAAACCGAAGAGUUCAUCCAGGAGGACGCAGAGCGCACCUAUACUGGAGACGGGUACUCGUAGAUACAUUCACUAAAAAACUAAAUAUAUCUAUAACAAAACAAUACAAGGGGAGAGAAACUAUCCACCUUUUUCCUAUGAUGCUGUGUGCAAAUUGUGGGAGUAUCUUCUGUUAAGCUCGUAAAACAUACUAUAGUGAUUUAAAGUAACCAUUCUACAGUAAAGUACUUGGCUGCAUCCGAAUUCACAUACUUGCAUACUAUAAAGUACGUUAAAAACCGUAUACGAGCCGAGCAGUGUGCCCAAAUUCAAAGGAUUUAAAAAUACAGUAUGCAAGAAGUACACUACUUCUGGUGAGAUUCUGAAGUGCACAUCCAAUGGACGCUACGUUAUCCCAUGAUGCAAAGUGAGAUGUAUGAAUGGGAGUGAAUAGGUCAUGUGACAUUAACUAAUGGUGGAUGUAGUACGUUUGAAUUCCAUUCGUACUAUAUAGAAGACACUAUUAAAACAGUCGUGUAGUAAAGUCUAAUUCAAGUGCAGUACAUACUUGAGUAGUAGGCGAUUUCUGGCCCUUUAAAGGUCCAGUGAAAUUAAACGUUUUUU